UGUGUUUGCACUAAUGGCAUGAGCUGGGUGGAGCGUAUUGCUAGGCUGUGAAAACACAGGAAUAGUAAUCGCUUUAUAGCGUUAAUGGUGGCCUUAUUUGUUUUCGUUUUUUAACGAAUCUAAAAUAACCUUGUUAGAGCUACGCUCUGCAGUAAUUUCUGAAAGCAGCAGUUGGAUGAGAAGUCUGUCAUGCACAGUCAGGGAUUUCGGACCUUGCAUUAUCAACUACUCUGUCUCACAGUCUCUGUAGCACUGCUGAGUCUGUUUAUGUACCCAGUGCUGAGGACUGUGGGAGUACGUUUAUUUUCAAUGGCAGCCGAAACAUACACGUCUGGGACUCAUUCUGCUGCAUUUGUGACCUGUCCCAAUGACACGGUGGCUAAGGAUAUUGCACGUGGGAUUGUGACAAAAAAGCUUGCAGCCUGUGUCAACAUUAUUCCGCAGAUAACUUCUGUGUAUGAGUGGAAAGGAAAAAUUGAAGAGGAUGUUGAAGUUUUGCUGAUGAUUAAAACAAGAACUUCCAAAAUAUCUGAACUAGCUGAAUAUGUGAGGUCUGUCCACCCUUACGAAGUGGCUGAAGUUAUCAGUGUUCCUAUAGACCAAGGAAAUCCACCAUACCUGAAAUGGAUUGGAGACAUUGUUCCAGAGUAGGGCACUGAAAAACAUCUUAAAAUGUGCACAUUAAUAUCAUUUAAAUUUGUUUUUCUUAUUUACUGCCUUUGGGUUGGAUACUCAUCAUUGAUGUGUUGUAGAGCCUUAACACUGCAGGACAAAGAAUGGAACAUAACAUGACAGCUUAAAUAAAUAAAUACACAGUAUUAGUGUUUA